CACUAGCGUUGAUGAUUGGAAUCUCGAAGGAAGAUAGGCAUAAGAUCACAGUGAAGAUACGAAACAACAUGAAGCGCAGCUCAAGCCGGGACUCACCGCCACCGCGAGUCAAGCGGGGCAGAUCAUCGAUCGGACGGUGAGUGUGUGCGCCCGUGUAUGUGCACUGUGGACGCCCAGUUCAGUUCUUUACAAAGGAAUCUUCUUCGACAGACGAGUUGUAGUUUAAAUUUCGUUUUCUCGUACAUUUUGCUGGCUUAUUAAUUUUUUUCAAUUUGGUGAGUGUUUUCUUGGUGGGUUAGCAUCGGUUUUCUAUAGGAUGUGUGUGUGUGUGUGUCUAUACCUCUGUGUGAGUGUGUGUGAGUGCGCGUUGUUUUCAAGCGUACAGUUUCGACGACCAUUUUGCUCGCCCUCUGUGUUGUGUGAGGCGACUUCUCUUCGCUCCUAUAUAUCAAUGUACACGUACACGCGUAUAAGCCAGCGGAAUUUUCGAGAAUACAGUGGCUACUUCUUCGAGGAUGUGUUUAUAUUGUUAUAAUUUUGUGAUUUUUUUAAUUAAGUGAUCAAAUUGUGAUUGAUGAAGAGAAUUUCACUGUUUUACAGUAGAAGUGUGCUCAUUGUUCAUAUGGUCAAUGCACAAUAUAACAAUUAAUUUGAUCUUGUGGUUUUUUUGUUCAGAUAGUUUAGAAAUUGGUGACCUUGUAAGUGAUUAUCAUUUUUGUGGCGAAAAGUAGUGUCUAAGAACACAUGAGUGUUGGCAACAAUUAUGUUCAGUUAGUUAACUGAAUUAAAAUCUGUAAAGAAAAAAAAACAAAUGUCAUUGAAGUUUGCUUAGUUUGUGUUUCAAGUAAAAAAGGUAUCAUAGUUUUGUGACAAAAGAAAUUAACAUUCGAUGGAAUACGAAGAUUCAAGUGACGAGCGUAUAACGCCGGAGCGCAUCCGUCGCCGCAGCAGAGGUGCAAGAUCACCUUCACCCCCACCUCGUUCUCGCUAUUUGGAGUCCGGAUCUCAUCGUGAAGAGUACGCCAGACCAACUCGCGAAGUCACCUCCGAGCGGUAUUACAAGGUGCUAUGUGUUUCGGCAAUUCACCCUAAAGCGAGCGAUGAAAGCAUCAAGGAAACAAUAUAUCGGGAAUACAAAAAAUUCGGCGAGUUCUCUAUUCGUAUUGCACAUGACCUUGACGAGCGUGUGGCUUAUGUGUGCUUCCGUAGUCAUGAGGACGCCCGCGAUGCUAAGUACGCCAAGCCGAGGAUUCCUAUCUAUGACAAGUUGUGUCUGGUCGAGGCGGUGUUGGAACGCCCACCGACCAGCGACACCUACAGACGUCCUAGAUCCGUUUCCCCGCCAGAUUACGAUAGAUAUUACUCGAGAUCACCAGGUCCAACUGAUCGACAUCGGCCAAUAGAACGCUACGAUCGAGUGUACGGGCCACCCGUGGGUAUUCCUCCGAGGGAGUUGCGCAGAGAUACCAUACCACCACCUCACCAUGAUUUUGUCAGGCCUCCGUUGCACCAUGGACCACCUCAUGUUCAUCCAGGUCCUCCCCAUCACUAUGGUCCUCCGAGGCAUAUGAUGGUCCGCCACCCGGUGCACGGCGGCUUUGAAAGAGUAGAAAACAAGAAGGACAAAUUUCCUAACUAUCUGCACCAUGUGUCGCCCGAAGACGAUCCUUUAGCCACGCGUACUUUGUUUGCUGGUAACCUCGAGAUCAACAUUACCGAAGAUGAGCUACGGAGAAUUUUCAGCAAGUACGGUAUCGUCGACGAUAUCGACAUCAAGAGACCACCACCUGGUACUGGCAAUGCCUACGCUUUCGUGCGUUUUCAGACUUUGGACAUGGCUCAUCGUUGCAAGGUUGAGCUAUCCGGUCAGUACAUCGGCAAGUUUCAGUGCAAAAUUGGUUACGGCAAAGCUACACCGACAACAAGGAUAUGGGUAGGAGGACUCGGCCCGUGGACCUCAGUUGCUCAGCUAGAGCGCGAGUUCGAUCGAUUUGGAGCAAUCAAAAAGAUUGACUAUAUCAAAGGCGAUAGCACAGCUUACAUUCUGUAUGACUCGAUUGAUGCCGCACAAUUUGCCGUAAAGGAAAUGCGGGGAUUCCCGCUGGGUGGUCCAGAUAGACGUCUGCGUGUGGACUUCGCUGACGUCACCCCGAGUCCUGGUUACAAAGCUAGACCAUUCUCCGAGGAAGGUGGUGAAUUUCGACCACGUCCAGUCGAAUAUGAAGCGGGUUAUGAUCCUUACGCUGCGGAGGGUGAGUUUGCAUAUGGAUCUCGCGGAUUCAGAGGAAGAGGAUCUGCCACAUGGCACGAAAGCCGAGGUGGGCGAAGAGGCGCUUACCGUGGGUCGUAUCCUGAAGGUUAUCCUCGUGAAGAAAGUGACUGGUCAAGUGGAAGACGCCCAGACGACUAUGAUGCUGGCAGAAUCAGACGUUCGUCAUCUAGAGAGCCAGGAGUUGAUCGUUCUCGCUCCAGAUCACCACGCAGGAGACCUGUUGAUUCGGACUCUGACUCGGAGAAUGCCAGAGGUGGCGGCGGUAUGCUCAAUACCUCUCGGACACUAACUGAUGUGGCGAGAAAAUCUUUGGCUGUAUGGCAAGGCGCACUCAUUCUGAAGAACUCGCUGUUUCCGGCUAAAUUUCAUCUGACUGAUGGUGACAUGGACAUCAUCGACGCACUCAUGAAGGAUGAGGAAGGCAAGCACAUGCUUCGUAUCACUCAGAGAUUACGCCUUGACCAACCCAAGCUGGAUGAUGUGUCAAAGCGUAUCCAGACCUCGAGUGCUCAUGCCAUAUUCCUUGGUCUUGCUGGAUCGACAACAGCCAUCACCAAUGAAGAUGCCAAUGUGCAAACGCGCCCGCUUAGAAACCUCGUCUCUUACCUUAAGCAGAAAGAAGCUGCUGGCGUGAUCUCAUUGCUGAAUAAAGAUACGGAGAGCACCGGGGUACUGUACGCUUUUCCACCUUGCGCAUUCUCUACAGAACUACUCAAACGCACCUGCCCUAAUCUCAGUGAAGACGGACUCAAGGAAGACCAUCUUGUCAUUGUCGUCGUCAAGGGUGGUAGUGCUUAAGCUCCAUUUUCUUUCAAGAUAAGUUUUAGGGUGCAACUGAGCGUGAGGGAUAUAUUUUGGAUGUGGUCAACUUUUUCGAUAGCGGAUUCUACGGAUAAAAGACACGUUCGAUACGAAUUUAAAACCUCUUAAUAGUCGGCUGGUAUUAAUUUUUAAACUAACAAAGAGGAUAAAUAUAUAUUUUACAGAAGUCUAUUGAAAAUUUGGAAUAUGUAUUAUUCUCUUGGAAAAGUUUUUCGUAGUCCAGAAAUACUAGUUACUUGUUUGCAAAGUUUCAAAAACUAACAAAUGAACUUUUCAAACUAAGUGAUUUGUUCUAUGCAAUUUUGAAGUUUUGAAAUUCGUAUAGGAAACGAUUAUCUUUCUUCUUUGAACUAAUGUAUGACUGCAUUUGAUAUUUUAAAGAUUAGAAUUGAUCAUCCUAUGUUAUGAACAAUCUAAGUUUUAAUGAAUGAUUGCUUUUUUGCAAUUGAGUAUCUAAUCUUAGUUUGUAAUGAAGAACACUCAAUGAAAUUUGAUGAGUAAAAAUAAAUUACAGAAUUCUUGAUAUGUCUACAUUUGUAGCAUUAUAAUACUUAUAUGAUCACACCAUUUUUGUUCACUUAUAAUUAUUAUAAUAUAAGUAUAGAAAUGAUAAAUUGUCUAUGCUUCUACAAUUAUGUACGAACAAAAUUAUGUACACAUUUAUUUUAAAGUUUGAAAAAUCUUUAAUUUCUGAUUACACGAUAAAUUAUUGUUAUCAGGUGUUCUCUCCAAUAAUAUGACCACGAUUUUCAGUUUAUUUUUCAUUUAAGUUGAAAAAUAUCUAAAUUCGUACCUUAUGAAUCAUUAUGAAAUUGUCGAAUCAUUUCUAUGACAACGGGACAUUGUCUAUGACAUUUGUACACUAUACUCAUGAAUGAUUUCGAAAUUUUUUUUAGAUUAUAAAAUAUUCUUAAUAAUGAAAAGUAUUAUUGCUACAUUAAUAUGCAAAAUUAUUUAUUCAUGACAAUAUCUGUAAUAUAAUAUCUUCGCUAGAACUUACUGCUGUACAUUAUCUUUAUUUUUGUAAGUUUUCUACAAAUUUCACUGAGCAAUAAUACUUUUCGCAUUAAAUAGCUUAUUCAAUUUUCUUGUAUUCAUUUUAUUUUAUUCAGCGCGUAUUUAUACAUCUAUUUUCAUAUAAAGCUGAUUAGUUUAUCAAUAUUCAUAAAAAAUUCUAGAAAAUAAUCAAAUUAAUUCGAUAUACGUGUUUUUUAUGAACGACUAUUGUGUAGUUUUAGAUUAACAUAAUAAAUAAGAAAAUAAGCAUAAAUAGUGUUUUAUCGUCGUUUGCGACAAUUGUGAAACCUCUUAAUGAUAAGAUUACUUGAAUGUUAUUGGUAAAAAAUAUGAAAAGUCCUCUUAUAUUGAUUUAUUCGUCGUGAUUUACAUUAUCUAUUUUGAGAAUUAAGCAAGUAUUUAAUAUUGAAGCAAAAUUAAUUAUUAAUUUGUAAUAAUUUUACCUUCACUGAACCUUGGUAUUUUAUUUUCAAUCUUUUCUAAUUUAUAAAAAUUAAAUUAAUUUUUUUUUUCAUAAUAAAAAUUUGUACCACUUUGAUUCAUAACUACUAAUGCAAUUUUAAUUAAAUAUAUUACACGUUUAAAAACUUCACUAAACAACGCAGUAUAUCCCAUAUGAAAUAGUGAAGAUUUGAAUAAAAAUGUAAACUUAGAAAUUAAUAAUUGUAAUUUUUUUUUUUGGAAUAUAAUCAACGUCCCACUGUUUUCAGAUCAAUAGAAAAAUGAAUUGGUAUAUGUAUCAUCUUAAUGCAAAUCAUGUCUGAAUAAUCAUUGUAAAUUAUGCAAUAUGAAACUGUAAACAACGAUUGUAAAAUAAUUAAAAAUAGAAGUUCUGACAAUUCUCUUACAGGUGUGAAAUAUAAGAAAACAGAAUAAGGUUUAGUGAAACAGGACAAAAGACAGUGCUGUGUGGUAACUGAGAAAAAAAGUAUAAAAUGUGUAUAGUGAUGUAAAAAAGUGAUUGUGGCCUCAUUUCUGAGUAUAUAGCAAUUUUUUCUAUCUCAAUUGCCUAAUUUUUUUCAAGUGUUUUGGAAAAUGAUGGAAGUCUAUUGCCAUAUUCAUUAUCGAUAAAAGGUGCAGUGGUUAUGAGUGUAAUUGGUGAUCUGGAAAAAUAGAUGCCGUUAUGCAGAUAAAAAUAAACCAAUGUGUUUUUUUUCUCAACAUUUAUUCCCGCAGUAUGUCAAUCAAUUUAAUAAAAUCAUCCUAAGUAGAAUUAAAUAUAAGAUAAAAGCUGAGUCAAUAAUAGUUCAAAUAGUUUUCCAAGAAUAUUUGUUUUGCAAAUUUUUCUUAGUUAGUUUUAAUUGAAAUGAGUGAAAGUUAAGGUGUUGUGAAUAGAUUGGAUAAAUUUUUUUGUAUAAAUAAGCAUUUUAUUUUUGGUCUAUGUGAGAGUAAUAAUCUAUCAUUUUCCUUUGACUUAGUUUAUUCAAGUUUUGGUGAAAUCUGUGGAUUGUGUUAAAUGAAUUAGUGUAAUGACAAGAAAGACCAACUUUUCUAAAAUCGCGGAUUACUAUAAAGACAAUAAUAUGAACUAGAUUGCAUUUUAGUUUUAUAUUAAAAAUGACAGUCUUAAGGCUGAAUCUUCAAAUCAAAAACUUUUGUGAUAGUGAGGUUUUCAGUGACAAUUAAAUUUUUUAUGUAUGUACAAUAUUUUCCUGCGUAUUAUUCGUUAUGGUAACCUGGUUGAAAAAUUGUGCUAAAGUCAUUGUAGGUGAGUAUUAGAAUUAAGAAUGUUUUUAUUUUUCAGAUAGGUAUUUCAAUGGAAAAAGCUGAAGAAUUACAGAGUUGUAAGAUAAUAUAAAU